AUGUCACCCAAGCGCAAAGCUUCAGGAGAUGCGGAGGCAGGACCUUCGAAGAUAGCUAAGACUAGCAGCACCUCGAACAACAAUGAGCAAGCUUCAGCUUCACCGACCGCAGCAACCGCACCGCAGGAUGACUCUGCUGGGCAGAAUCCCACUACGGUGCUAGCCCCGGGCCAAGCGCAAGACCAGCAAAUCUCAGUGACAGCCCAACCUGACAGCCAAGCACAAACUCUGCCCGCUUUACCAACAGAUGCAGUCGCACCGCAAACUAAUACUGCUAGCCAGGGUUCCGCUACGUUGCCCACCCCUGAUCAAGCACAAGACCAGCAGACCCCAACGACAGCCCAGCCUGACAUCCAAGCACAAGCUGUGCCCCAAGAUGAGCAUUUCGUAGCGGACGGCAUCCGCUAUAACUCACCGCCCGGCACCCAGGCCACGUUCGUCCUGCCAAAUCAAAGAUCGGCUCAGAUCUGGUCCCCUUUGACUGUGCUACCUUACGACAUCCUAGAACCAGUGCCACGCAGAUUUACGCGUCAAGCAGCGGCUGCUGAGAAGGUGCGAAUCGGCCGAGAACAUGAGGUUCGACUUAGGCUUGUCCGAGCGGCGUCCUUCGCAGCCCGCCGGCUCUUCUCGCGGAUCCGUCACCUUAAGCGCAAGGAUGGGACCUUUCAAGGCGGCUUUUGCAAGGAAGCCACUGAUCCGAAAGCCGCGUGCCUGGCCUACUUGCAACCGAGCGAUUCCCUAUGGGAGAUCAACGAAGAAGGUCAUCCUGUUCACGAGGAUGGGACGCUCAUCACCGACGAUGAGAUGAGACAGGCCGGCUACGAUCUGUCGAAGGAGAAGCACGGCGUCGAGAGCCUGAUAGUGGACAGCGACAUCAAAUUCAGGAUCGCACGUAACCAGCCUAAGGACACUUCCAGUCCCGCGGCAGAACUGCCGGAGCACCUCCGCGACGUGCACCUAAUCAUCCGGCGCCUGCCUGCAAGCUGCACGAAGCACAGCUGCGAGGCUGCUGGAUUUUUCUUGGAGACAGGUCAGCUCGCCGCAACGAAGCUCAAUGGCCAGCUUCUCUCCCAGCUGCAGCCGCAGGCGGGCUCGAAAGCGCCGUACCUGUACGGACCGCUCAUCGGGUUCAACGUCAUCGAGUUUUACGGCCUUCCAAUCUUCUUCUGGCGGAGACCCAAGGACCGUGCAUACAAAAUUGAACCCGGCACGCCUGCCGGAGACGCCGCGGAUCCCAAAUCCAAGGACGAUACUGUGCCCGAAAAGGAUUACAACCUCGUCCAUGAGCUUUUGGUGCCAGUCGUCGCUGACGCGGGUGCAGAGACACCACCACCGGAUGUGCCGGCAGACCCGCCGCAAGAGCCGCCGCAGGACCAGCCUUCCACACAGGCAAACAGCUUAUCAGCUUCAAUGUCCAAAGCAGACCUUGAGAAGCUGAACUGUGUACUCCGUGCACAGUCCUGGCCAGUGCGGAAGGCCCCUGAGAACGCCGAUGAGCAGACUAUCGAUAAACACCCUUGUUCCCACUAUGAGGCUGGUUUAUUCAGAUGGCGCAAUGCAUUCCGCCAGCAUGCGGGGGAGUCGUUCGAAAAAACUCCAUGGAAUGGAUAUCUAACGGAUGAUCACUGUUUCCUAGCCAUCGCCGCUGUCACAGAGGCUAUCACUCAGUGGGGGGCUCAUGCAUUCGGUGUGGCAGAACCUGGCUGCACGAUCUCAAGAGUAUUUGAUGCGGAUACGGGCUAUCGAGCAACGCGACCUAGGAAACCUCUAGUUCUUCCCGUUCUUGUCAAACACCCGGACGAGAUACACAAUCACUUUUUCCUAGCGAUUGUCCACAUCCGCGAACAAGAUCCGAAGGGAAGACCUCAACUGCUCUGGUUCGACAGCGCCACAGAAUGGCCGCAUGGGCCGAACAAAGAUCCCAAGGUGCUCCGUUCAGUGCGCAGAUGGAUUAACUACUUGCAAUGGUCUCGUCCCGGAAGCAUUGGCGAUGGAACCGUACCAAAGCUGCAGAUCCAUAACAUGCCCACGGCUCAGCAGACCAACGGGGACUCUUGCGGCAUUCACACAAUCUUAAACGCUUGGGCGUGGUGUAUUACUUUGCGGCCCAACCCUUCUUUCGUAGCCGACGAGGCAUUCUACAAAGCGGCAGCUGAGAUCAUUGAUCUCGCUAUCGCAGGGUACAUGGACUUCUGGACGAUAUAUGCUUUCCUCAAGUGUAAGAACUAUGUUCUUGGAAAUUACGACAUGACCAACCAGCGCCAUUUCCCGGUUACCAGAGGCUUCCGCAACACUCAGGACUUGGUGUGUCUCUUCAACCACAUCAGGCACGUGGAGAACGUGGAAGCUGGCUUCGCGCUUGCCAGCGAUGACGAUCCGUAUGUGUUCAACCAGGGUGCCCAGGAUGGCAUGAUCCCCUUAAUCACCACUAGCUCCUCGCAGGGAGUGACUGCGGCGGGUGUGGCACCUGCCGGACUCGAAGCACCGCCUGUACAACACGACGUAGUAACAUCUUUUUUCGUAGCUGCCGGUAUUGAAAUUGAUAGCGGACUGGGGAAGGACUUUAUGAGAUGGUUCGAGCGAAUGGAGAAGCUUGCUGCUAAGCCGCAGGGAGGAACCUGA